GUGCGGUAAAUAUAUUUGUAAAUAUAUACCUAAAUUUUUGAAAAAAUUCACUUUCCGCUCACAGAUUUAUAAAAUUCUCGUCAAAAUAAGAAGAUUUAAACAGAAAAUUUCAUUUUUGAGGCCUCCUUAGUUGGGGGACCUAAAAUAUACAUUUACCCAUUUUGAUUUUAAGUAUUAGCCCUUUAUAAAAAUUUAAAAGUAUUAAGUUAUGAAUUUAAACAAUUCCCUUAAUUAAAUUUUGUUUACGAUUUUCAUUGUAUGGCAAGGUUUAAUUUUGACAUAUAUGGGAAAAUUUUAGAAUUCUUUGCUUAUUAUUUGAUUGUGCCACGCAAAGACUUCCCAAUAGUGUUCAUAAAGUUGGAAAAUUUUACAUAUAUCUAUUUGGAACUAUAAAAAAUAAAUAAAAGCUAUAUAUCCCUUGGAUUUUUUUAACACCGAGUAGUGAGAGAGCUUGAAGAAGUUACACACUUCUCCAUCAAACAAAAUGGGUUCAAGCCAUAGUGUAGAGGUUCCGGGUGGUGGUACUGAGGGAUAUCAUGUACUGAAGGUACAGGAUAAUUCUCCAGGUCAAAAGGCUGGAUUAGAAGCUUUUUUCGAUUUUAUUGUAGCCAUAGCUGGAACACGCCUAGAUCAGGAUAACGACAUGCUAAAGGAAUUAUUGCGUCAAAAUGUUGACAAACCUGUAAGAUUAACGGUGUACUCAAGUAAAACACAAACAGUGCGCGAACUUACAUUAACUCCAAGUAAAAAUUGGGGCGGACAAGGUUUGUUAGGUGUCAGUAUACGUUUUUGUUCAUUUGAGGGCGCAAAUGAAAACGUAUGGCAUAUUCUCGAAGUACAUCCCAAUUCACCAGCUGAAAUUGCUGGAUUACGUGCAUAUUCGGAUUACGUUAUUGGUGCGGAUGCUAUACGACAUGAAAAUGACGAUUUGUUUACUUUGAUCGAAUCACAUGAGCAGCAACCUCUUAAAAUGUACGUCUACAAUAUUGAUGACGAUGCAUGUCGUGAGGUAACGAUUAAACCAAAUUCUAAUUGGGGAGGUGAGGGAGCGCUAGGUUGUGGCAUUGGUUACGGAUAUUUACAUCGUAUUCCAGUACAGGCAGUAGUCUCUGUCAUCAAAGCACCUACUACAAUUGAACCCGUAAACACACCAACAAAUAUGGCGACCACCAUACCACCGAUUUCAACAACCAUAACACCAGUUAUAGCACCUACGCUGCCUUAUGUUCCUCCUUUAACAAACACAUUUAAACAAUCACAAACUAAUGCGCCAACAGAUGUUACAAAAGCAAUUGAUGGGUCUGACAACAUUACAAUUUCCACAGCAACAACAACUUUGCAACAGCCAAGUGUUUUUCAAACAUAUUUCAAUCCAGAUGCGAUAGCUUCAGCAGCCAGUAGUGGUUUCGAUACAAUACAUACCACCACCACAACCGAUGCACAACAUACUAUUAACGAAGCUAACGCGUCCAAUAUCUCAUCUACUAUUGGCGCACAGUUCCCCGCUCCUGUUUCUGCUCCCAAUUCACAAGCGGCACAAUUCUACGUUUCUAAUGUUCCUCCACCAGCGAGCUUGUUUAUACCAGGAUCCAGUGAACAAACAGCGUCGGCUGCUGUUGCAGCACCGCAGUUGCCGUAUGCACAGGCCACAUUGUCACCAAAUGUACCAUACGUUUCCACUGCAACCGUACCAAUGUAUUCAAUGGCAACUCAACAACAACAACAAUAUAUGACUGCACCAAUGGCAUUAUCAUAUCCAGCGGGCCAAACAGUAGCCACUUAUCCACAAGUGCAACCAACAACAGGAUUUUAUCCCACACAGACGACACCUAUGCCGCCUCAAAUGUAUGCCCAGCAGUCCGCACCAGAAUCGAAUGCAACCGUUAACGGCACACCCCAGGCAGCAAGUGUUCCAACAACAAGCGUGACACACAUGCAAGCUAUACAACAAACAUUUGCUAAUUAGUUAAACACAAGGAACCUUAUGCAGAUAUAUUAACUUUUACCUUCUUUAAACUAAACUUUUUGUGUUUUAUAUAUGAAUAUAUAUGCUUUAUUCUUUCGCAUAUUGUUUAUAAAAGUCUACAACAUUUACAGUCGAUAUAUCAGAAUGAUUUAGUAAAAUUAUAUUAAAGACGAUUUAUUAAAUUUAUAUAUGUGUAAAUGGCAAUGUGCAAAAUAGAUUCGAAAUCUUGAAAAAUAUAUUGAUUGCUAAAUAGAAUGAUUAUGUAUGUAUCCAAACAAUAUGUAAUAGUGUAGUUUUAUUAGCAAAUCGAAGCUCUGAUGCGAUAGUUGAAUUUAUUUAAUUACAUACACCCGACGUUUGGGAAAGAAUUGUAUGAAGUAGCAACGAUUGCUCUGUUAAAAAUAACUACGGUUUGGUGUUGUGAUUCCACAACUAUCAUGGGAACCUAACCGCUGUAACAUUUCAUAAUCACCUUAGCAACCUGGAGUAAAUAAUUAUAAUAAAUUAAACGAUCAAACAAACAA